GCGUUUUUCUCAUUAAAAAGCCUCUCUAAAUUUCUGCUCUCUCAAAAAUUUUGUUCUUCCCUCUUUCUAUCCCUGAAAUUUAUGUUCUUUCAAUUUUUAUUUUUUCAAAAUAUCCGGACAAAAAUUGAUCUUCAAUCUUCUACUGUAUUGUUCGUGUGUUUCCUAGCUGCAAUUGUAGCCCGUAUUAAUUGGGUUCGGAGUACCGACACUUGCCUUCUGCGGUUCGACUUUGGAGGGUCCUCGGGUUCAACCCUUUUGGCCCCUCAUGCAUGCCUUUCAUUCCAUACCCCGGUUGAUUGCUGGAGCCAUUUCUAUUUUUCUUGCCGGACUCCUAGCUGUUGGUGGUGCUUUUACGGGAGCUGUUAUGGGUGCUUUAGCAGGUAGGGCUUCCAAUUGUGGAGUGCUUCGUGGUGCAGGAUUAGGUGCACUUGCUGGAGCUGUAGUUUCUGUGGAGGUGUUAGAGGCUUCUCGUGCUUACUGGCGCUUGGAACAAUCUGGUUCAAGAGGCACAUCAUCUAUGGCAGACUUCAUGGAGCAGCUUCUCCGUGCAAGAUUAAUGGAAGAUGAGUUUACACCAACAGCGUUAGCAGCCUACCACUGGCAGAUGAAUGUUCCUCAUACAAGCUAUGAUGGCUUUCAUGAUACCCAUGAUGAAGUUGCAUCCAGAGGGCUGUCAGGAGAUUCACUGAAGAAAUUACCUUUUCACGUGAUUGUGGAUAAAACCAACACAACCCAGGAUGGUGUUUGUACAAUAUGUUUGCAGGAUAUUGAAAUAGGGGAAAGUGCAAGGAGCUUGCCCAAGUGCCACCACACUUUUCACUUGUCAUGUGUGGACAAGUGGCUCGUAAGGCAUGGAUCAUGCCCUGUAUGCAGACAGGAUGUAUAUACUAGCCUAUAGCUUUUAUGUAUAGAAGCCAAGAAACCAAUGCAACCAUCCCUAAAUGCAUCAUUUGCAUUGGUAUUUUUGAAAGGCAUAGCGUUUGUAACAAUUGUAAAUUUGAUACAUAUGUACUUCGAGAAUAAGUUUGAUGCGUAGCUGCUGCUGAAUAAAUUCGAUACACAUUUCCUCCCAAAAUGAGCUUGAUAUCUACCUGCAGAUGAAGGCAGAUUGUUAAUAUCCUUCCAGCUUUGUGGUAUAAGUCUAACUUUUCAAAUAUAUUUUGUAUUCAUUACACAGAUAUUAUGGAUGAAAAAUCCUCCCAUCAUUCUUGGUACUAGAGGAUUGGUGUAACUAGUUCUGUAAUUGUUCAAUUUUACAUUGUCUAUUGCAGUUAAAUGCCAUAUUUGUUUUUACAUUUUAGGCAAUGAAAAGCCACUAUUUGU